UCUAAAUAUGAUGUGGUCAUCUGCACUACAAAGUGCUGAUUUAUCUGCAUUAUUGUCAGUAUAACCAGAUGACUUUGUUGUGUGUGUUUUGUAGAUGGGAGGAGGAGCAUACAGCCAGAAUGGACCUGCAGGAGAAGAUGGCUGAACUGGAGGAGGACCUGCAGGAGAGCGAGGUGUGUCAGGACGAGCUGGCUCUGAGGGUGAAGCAGCUGAAGGCCGAACUCGUUCUCUUUAAAGGACUCGUCAGCAACAACCUGUCAGAUCUGGACAGUAAGAUCCAAGAGAAGGCCAUGAAGGUGGACAUGGAUAUCUGCCGCCGCAUCGACAUCACCGCCCGCCUCUGUGAUGUCGCUCAGCAGAGGAACUGCGAGGACAUGAUCCACAUGUUCCAGCAGGUGGCCACGCCCCCCUCCACUCUCCGGGCCAGAAAACAGAGCGGCCAGUCGGCUAAGGGUGGGGACGGAGACGAACUGAGCAUGUCCGAGAGCGAGGGAGGCGGGGCUAAAGACGAGGAGUCGUGCAGCACGUCGGCCAAUCAGAUCAAUGAACAGAUGCAGAGGAUGCUGAAUCAGCUAAGGGAGUGUGAGUUUGACGAUGACUGUGACAGUCUGGCUUGGGAGGAAACAGAGGAAACUCUUCUUCUAUGGGAAGAUUUUCCUGGAUACCCACUGGGAGUGGAAACACAGGGAGAGCUGCAGCAGCAGGAGGAGUCCAUUGAGGAGGUGAUUAAAGACACAGAGUGUCUGUUCAAAACCAGAGAGAAGGAGUACCAGGAGACCAUUAACCAGAUAGAGGUGGAUCUGGCCACAGCCAAGAGCGAUAUGAACCGUCACCUGCACGAGUACAUGGAGAUGUGCUCUAUGAAGAGAGGGCUGGACGUCCAGAUGGAAACCUGCAGGAGACUCAUCACACAGAGUGGAGACAGGUAACACACACACA